AUGCUUCUCGGCAGUCAGCCUUGCCGCUCCCUCGUAAGCCCCGUGGGCUCCAAUCGCGCUUCUGAGCAGAGACCCACGGGAAGGGCGGGAAGGGCUCGCUUCCCCCAUGGCCUUCCGAAAAAAAGCUCCAUCCUCGGCUGCGCGAUCGGCGUGGGUGUGCGAAGCAGGGGCAAGCUGCGGCCAGCCAGUCGGGCCGCAGCAAGUGUUGGUGCAGUGGAGUGCCAGGUUGAAGAGGAAGAGGACACUCUACCUCACUAUUUUCCAAGGACGAUUGACGUGUCAGAGGCGGAUGAUUCCAUCAGUGAUGAUAUAGUCUCCGGAGAUUCGUCUGCCGAUAUUUGUGAGCUCAUCGGCUUCGACAUGGGUGAAAGCUUGGACCGUGAACUGGGAAAGCCCUUCAAUGCCGAGGAGUUGAAAGAAGCCUAUGCAAACAGUGGCUUCUUUGAUGCCAAACCUUCUAAAAAGCCUGCAGCUAUGUGGCUCAUAGGGCCAAGCGCUUGUGGAAAGUCCACGCUCGCACCGCAAGCUGCCAAAUGGGUGGGGAUGGAGAGCGAGGGCUAUGUGACCGUAGACGGGGAGGCAUUCCGCGAUGCUCAUGGUGGGUACAAGAAAGCAAUCCUGAAGGGACGUCAGCACGGUUGCGUUUGGUGGGGUGCCUACCUGGGUAUCCGAGAGAACAUCAACGAGGAGAAGCAGAUGCUCCUCGAGGAGGCCCUGCGGGAGAGGAAGAACUUGCUGAUUCCCAGCACGUGCCUCCGACGUUCCCAGUGUGUGGAUGUGACUGAAAGCCUCAAAAGGGCGGGAUACGAGAUUCACAUCAUCGGGGUCUUCGGCGACAAGGACACCAUUGUGGAGCGCGGCCGGAAAAGGGCGGCCAAUCAAGGCAAGCGGUACGAUCCAAGAGAGUUCGAGCUAGCUCUAAUGAUGUUCGCUCCCAUGCUCCGGCUGUGCAGCGGGAUGUGGCGAAUGGUUUGCACGACGGGACAAAAGGAUUGGAACGACCUGCAAGUUGCUUGCGGGGGCGAGGGUCCCUUGAACGAGCAGGGCAUUGAAGAAGUCUGCAACGAUGUCUUCUCCAUAUACCGGGAAGAUGCAGCUCAAGGCGCAUGA